UUCAAGAAUGCUUUUUUUAAAUGUGGUAGGCAGGACAAAUAAUAUGUAUUGAAUAGACUCUCUUUGGCCAAGAAUCUGUAUUCGAUAACUUCUUUGGUGGUAUUUGGUUGGUUCUGUGGUCUAUUCUAUAACUUCUUUGGUUACCACCGAAGCAUGGAAUAUAUGCUCCGUGAUUGGUAGUAAUUUCCCCCAUGAAGUCGAAUUCAUUCUCUAAAUAAUCACUGCAAGUGCAAUUUUCUGUGCAAGUGACUGUUUUAAAACAAUGAUGCGACUGUUUAAUUACGAGCUUCUUCGUUCUGAAGUGUGGUUAAUGUGUACUGAGAGCGACUUUUAUUCUAAGCCUUGUUAACCACGCACACUUUGCCAAACAUAUUCCUCAUUUGUUAAUAUAUAACUCUGCAGAUCCCAGUAUUUCGGUAAGACGGGGGACACUGUUCUGUAUCUGAAAUAAUAUUUAUUUGUGUAAUAUACGUCUUCAAACAGAUGAACUGUUUUUGUUACAAAUUAAUAUGAAGUUUUCUUCCUCUGCAAUGUGUAUCUCAGAUAGUGUACUGUAGAAUGUGGAAGUAGUUCAGCCCUUUUAAAUAUUAACUGUGAGCUAUAGAAAAAAUAUCAUAUAAUCAAUUUAGAUAACUCUAUAAAAAUAUCAUAUAAUCAGUAUAGGCAUAUAUGGCAAAAUUGCAUAAUUUCGUAUUUAAACAUUAUAUAUAUCGGAUAGGGAAUCGUCUUUGUGUGCAAUUUUUCAUGGAAUGUUUCUAGAAAUCAGUGCUUCUGUACAUCACACACCGGAUAAGUCAAUAUGUAACGAUAUUGUUACAAAUAGUGUCGCAUGAACAUGCAUAAGAUACUGAAAGAGUUAGCCAAGAACUACGUAGCGUGAAAUUUCUGUUAAGCGGCACAUUUCUGCAUAGUGUGAAUAAUACGAAGUAUGAUGCAAGUUACAUAUGAAGGCUGUCUAUAUAGUGCAGAAGUUUCAUUUUCUAGAACAUAUCUAACUAAUCAUUUGAAGAAAGUAAUAUUUUGAAAGAGCACAUGGAUACCCAUAUGGAAGGGAAACCUAAUGAGUGUGAGGUUUGUAGCAAAUCAUUUAGACAAAAGUCAGAGUUAAAGAAACAUAUGUUUAUUCACACAAAAGAGAAACCUUAUAAGUGUAAAGUAUGUGGAAAGUCAUUUAAUCAACAAUCUCAUGUAAAGAUGCAUAUGCCCACUCACACAGGAGAAAAACCUUAUGUGUGUGUGGUAUGCAUGAAAUCAUUUAAUCGUAAGUUUAGUUUAAAUCAACAUAUGCGUAUUCACACGGGGGAGAAACCUCAUGUGUGUGAAGUAUGUAAGAAAUCAUUUAGUUUAAAGUUUAGAUUAAACGAGCAUAUGCUGUAUCAUACAGGAGAAAAGCCUUAUAUGUGUGAGGUAUGUAAGCAGUCAUUUAGACUAAAAACUAGUUUAAAGAGACAUAUGCUUAUUCACACAGGGUUGAAACCACAUCAAUGUGAGGUUUGUAACAAGUCAUUUAAAGAAAAGUGUGAGUUAAAGAAGCAUAUGUUAAGCCACAUAGAAGAGAAAUCUCAUUUGUGUAAAGAAUGCAAGAAGUCAUUUAAUUGUAAGGAAAGCUUAAAGAGCCAUAUGGUUAUUCACACAGAAGAUAAACCUCAUGUGUGUGAAAUAUGUAAGAAAUCAUUUAGUCGAAAGGGUUAUGUAAAGAAGCAUAUGGGUAUUCACACAGGAGAAAAACCUCAUGUGUGCGAAGUAUGUAACAAGUCUUUUUAUUUUAUAAGUAAUUUAUACAGUCACAGGCAUAUUCACACAGGAGAGAAACUUCAUGUGUGUGAAGUAUGUAGAAAAUCAUUUGCUCAGAAAAGUGGUUUAAGCCGUCAUUUACGUUUCCACACAGGAGAAAGACCUUAUGAAUGUGAAGUUUGUAAGAAGUCAUUUAGUCAAAAGGACCAUUUAAACAGGCAUUUGCUUAUUCAUAGAGGGGAGAAACCUCAUGUUUGUGAAAUAUGUAUGAAGUCAUUUGGCCAGAAGUAUACUUUGAAAGAUCACAUGCUUAUUCAUGCUGGGAAGAAACCCGAAUUUUGUGAAGUAUGCAAGAAGUCAUUUAGUAAGGGUAGUUUAAGUGAUCAUAUGAGUACUCACGCAGAAGAAAGACCUUAUGUGUGUGAAGUAUGUAAGAAAUCAUUUAAGCAAAGGAAGGGUUUAAACCAUCAUAUGCUUAUUCAUGUAGGGUUGAAACGUCAUGUUUGUGAAGUGUGUAGGAAGUCAUUUACUACUAAGGGUCAUCUAAACAGGCAUCUGCUUAUUCAUACAGGAGAGAAACCUUAUGUUUGUGACAUAUGUGAGAUGUCAUUUAGUGAAAAAUAUAAUUUAAACAAGCAUAUGUAUAUUCACACAGUAGAGAAACCUUGUGUGCAAGGUGUAUAAAAAUCUUUCAUAUUUCAAGAUGAUUUAGGUAUGCAUAUCUACAUUGGAGAGAAUUAUCUCAUGUAUGUAAAAAGAAUCUCGAGAAACAUCCUUGGAUUUUCUUUCGGAAAGGAUCCGUUGGUGCCAGUGCGUAUUUAUUCGCCAACAGCUAAUCGGCCACGAUUUUAGCGGUGUAUAUUUAACAUAUGGAAGCGAUGAUUUUAGCGGUGUAGAGUUAAGUUAUAAGAUACAUAGCAUAUAGAAGUAAAAUAAAUAGGUUAACCAUGACAUUUAGCAGUGUAUAGUUAACCCGAGAGGAUGCACGUUGCAAUUAAAUGACGUACAAAUGUAAUAAUGUAAAAUAAUGCAUUUUAUAUUAAUUAUAACAUUUAUUAUAUAAAAUUGCUUAAAAAUAAUGUUAAUUUUAAAAUUAAUAACAAAUAAAUCAAAAGUACUUACAUUUUCUUCAUAUGACGAGGAACUGUUGAUUUCUAUGAGAAAUUUGUGUUUUUUAUUUUCGAAUGCAAUUAUAAUUCAAAUUAGGCAGAAUUAUUACAUGGACAAUGAGUUAUAUAAUUAAUUUUCAAAUCAAUUAGGCUCAAGAAGAAUUAGAUAUUUUGUAGUGUGGAUGAAGCUUCUAUUUCGCAGUGUUCUUGACAUAUAUAUUUUUUUUUAUACUUCACACAUAUAGUUUUUGAUUUUCUGUCUUUUCCCUUGAGCACAUGUAACAUCUCUGGUAACAUAAUUUUCUUUUCUUUUUUUGAGAAUCUUUGUUGUAUUCCUUCUGUUUCUGUUGUGAUUUUAAAUGAGGAUCUAAAAGUGCAAAGGGCUAAUCAGAAGUGCCUCCUAUUCCUGAACUUCUCUGGUGGAGUUUUAGUAGAUAAAAGCAAGAUCUUUGAAUUUAUGCCGGCAAUAUUUAAUAGCGAAAAAAAUAUGCCCAUAGGCCAUCCGUUUGAUAUUCUGGCCACAGAAUAAGUGCCACCCAUUUCGUCGACUAUAUCAACUGCUCUUUUUGUCAUGUUAUAAAAUGUAAUUAUUUUAGAUUUUUUCAAAUCUCCUGUGCUUUCAUCAAUAUGGACAUCAUUGUGCAUAGUUGACAAAAGGUUGACACAUUUGUUCUUUUUAGCCAUAUAAGAAAGUAGCAUUAUAUACUUUUGAAACCCCAGAGGGUUGAAUACUGUUCUCUAUUCUUAUUCGACACAAAUUCAGGUGGGAUAAUCUUAUCCCUGCGUAUUGUUCCUAUGAUAAAAAUUUUAUUUUUCUGUAAGAAAUUGGCCAAUUUAUAAAUUGGUGUACUAAUUGUCUGUGGUAAUGUUUCUUCCAGAAUUGUAUAAUAGAGCUAGGAUGCACUUUGCUGUUCACAAGAACUGUUGACUUUCUUGUAUGGCCCAUCUGGCAUCUGACCUGAGUAAAUUUCCAUCUUAAAAGUAUAGAAGGUUCUAAAAUCAACCACAGUAAAUAUCUUUAUACCAUAUCUUGCAGGUUUCUUAGGAAUAUACUGCGGAAAGGAGCAUUGUCCUCGAACAGGUUCUAGCUUUUCGUCCAAAAUUGGGAAAAUUUAUAGUUUUCAAGAAUAAAAUAUGGUUGAUUUUGUUAUGAAUCCCGUGAUUCUGAUAUGUUUUAAAUAUACUCCUGCCACACGGAUAAAGGCAGAAUGAUCAUUGUAUUGCUUACAACAGAUACGUCAUGUCAAUGUAGAAUUUGAAAGAAAGUUUAGGUUAUUCGAAUAUGGCAAAGAAUACUGGCAUUCGACCUGAAGAAGAAUGCCUUUUUGAACAACUUUCUAAGGGCAACUGGCUUGUAUUUGGAUUACAUAUGAGGAAAACGAGAAAAAUCAACCAUGCAGCCAGCCCUUUAACCAUGAUAUGAAACUAGAUCAAACUACCAGUAUUCAAUGGUCUUAACCAGUUAUAAGAAAAAUCUGAAGAAAAUGCUUGCAAUAUCAUGUAAUCAGAAAUUAACUAUGUGUUGCAUAGCAGGAUUACUUUUCAAGUGUUGAGGUACAGAAUACUUUCUUUUGUUUCUUUUUCUUUAUAUAGGUAUUUGGCCAUGGUAUUUAUUACAUAUAUUCUCUGUCAUUCAUACAGAAUACUAAUAUUUUUAGUAAAAAGUGUCUUUUUCAUUAAGU